AUGGAAAACUCAAGGAACAAGCGAGGGUAUGAGGAAGGUAUUGAAGACGCAGGCUAUCUUACUGAAACGAAGAAACCAAAGUUACCCGCUUUGGCAAGUGUAAUUGUGGAAGUUCUGAAGGUGGAUAGUAUGCAAAGACUUUCCUCAUCGUUGGAGCCUAUGUUACGCAGAAUUGUCAGUGCAGAAGUGGAACGGGCUUUGACAAGAAUAGGGAAUGGUCAAUUGACUGCGAGGUUUGCUCUUCUACACCCAAUAUUUGGAAUUUAUGCUAUAAUUUUCUCUUUUAUUCUCUUUCAUAUUCAUCAUGUUCAUAAAAGGUAGCGGUACUCUUUGCUUUUCUGGAAAUAUUCAUGUUCGAUA